GAGAGAGACUUGCAGUCACAGCUCUCCCGUCGUUUCAUUUGUAUUCCACGGACAGACUGAACGUGUGGAGACUGCGUUUGUUUUUAGUUGAGCACAUAAGGACGUGUUUGUGAGUCAUGGGGAAAGUUUUUCUUGCCGUGUUUAUCGCUUUAAUUAUUCUGAACUCGACCCAGGCUAAAGGAAAGAAGGCCAGGAAGGUCAAACGCAACAGCACUGACAUUGCCAGACCGAGGACUUUUCAAGGAAAUGCCAUCCCAGUCAACGUCCCUCCUCCUCCUCCAAACCGAGUGACAGACCCCCAAACACCCAUCCUCCCGUCCUCCGGUGAUGUCGAAGUCAAGUUACAAAACAACAACACGGCAAACUACCUCCAAGGUCCUCUGAGCAACAGGUUCAUCCCAGCUGUCUACAUCAUAGCCGUCGUUGUCGGCAUUCCCUCAAAUAUCGUCAUCUUGUUCGCCGUUGGAACCAAAGUGAGGGUGAUUUCGUCGGCUAUAAUGUACUGUAGCCUGGCAGCAUCGGACUUGCUGUUGUUGUUCAGUCUGUUACUGAAAGCACACUAUCAUCUAAGUGGAAACAACUGGAUAUUCGGUGAAACCGCUUGUCGUAUCACGACCGCCUGUUUUUACGGAAACCUGUAUUGUUCUGCGUUCACACUAGCAUGCAUUAGCAUCAAACGCUACCUAGCUGUGGUGCACCCUUUCCUUUUUAAGAGCUUGCCAAAGCGCUCGUUUAGCUUUUGGGGUUGCUUGAUUGUUUGGAUUAUAUUUAUUAUCGCCACUGUGCCGGAAUUUCUAGUGCAACAAAGCUACCGCAUCACAGAUCUGGGAGUAAUCACAUGCCAUGACGUUCUUCCUGCUAAUUUAGAUUACUACCAGUGGCUUAUCUAUUAUAAUUUAGGCUUGACCUGUGUAGGUUUUUUCCUGCCCUUAGUGGUGACCGUGGCAUGUUACACCUCUAUAGUCUGGCACCUGAACCGUUCGCACAGAGACUGGGCUCUUUAUAUCAGAGCUAGCUCGUUUAACUUCAUUAUCUUUAUUUUGUGCUUCGGCCCGAGCAGCUGCCUUCAUUUUGUGCAUUAUGUUCUGCUGUCUGUCGGCUCCACGGAGAGUUUCUACAUCUACUUCAGUGUGGCUGUGUGUCUGUGUUGCCUGCAUAGCGCUCUGGAUCCGUACCUGUUCGUGCUCAUGUCCAGGACUGUCCAAAGCAAACGCUACUUCCUGACAUGCAAAGGACGCGCGCUUAGUAUCUCCUCGUAAAGUCAACAUGAAAUUCUUGUUGUGCAACCCGUUUAACUUCCCUAGUCUUUGAAACUGGAUAUUUAAUGUGACCUGUCUGAAAUAGCCGAAAGACACUUAGACUACCAUUUUUUUUUUCAAGAAAAUAAUACUUUUAUGCAGCAAGAAUGCAUCAAAUUGAUCAAAAGUGACAGUAAAGACAUUCACAUGGUUUAUAAUGAAAUAUUUCUCAAAAAUAUGAAGGAACACAAUUGUUUUCAACAUUGAUAAUUAUAAGAAAGGUUACUUUUUAUCUGAAAAUGUGGACGUUUUGCAAUCCUGAGUUUAUAUCUCUUAAAUCUUUUUUUUCUCUUGCAGUUCAAAGAAAAUUAAAUUGAGAUAUAAACUUAGAAUUUGCUCGCAAUUCCUAGAAAAAAAAUUGUGAGAUUGUGCUUGAUAUAAACUCAGUAUUGCAAGAUAUAAAAUCGGAAUUCUGACUUUUUGUUUCUCCGAAUAAUGAGAAAAAAAUUCUGAAUUAUCAACUAAAAAGUUGCAGUUACCUUUUUUUUUUUUUUUUUUUGGAAACCAGCGUUCAUACAUUGAAGAAUGGAGUAAUGGCUGCUCAAAAACACAGCUUUGCAUCACAGGAAUAGAUUUUUAUAAUAUAUAUUCAAAGCAGACAACAAUUAUCUUAAUUGUAAUAUUAUUUCACAUAAAACUGUAUUUUUGACCAAUGAGAUGCAUUAAGAAUAUAAAGCAAAUAGUCAAUUGUGAUUUAUAUUAUUAUAAAAAGGAGCUAUCUACAAUGUUUUCUGAUUUCAGUCCUGUUGUUCUAGAUUUAAAGUUUUUAAUGUGUGAAAUGUCACGAGGAGAAUUAAUUGUUGGUAGUUGCAGCCAGAAUCGGUUUCUACAGGAGCAGCACCUUUUAUACUGAAUACAAAUGGAGAGUCGUUUGAAUGGCCCUUGAAGAAAAGAUGUAAUAUACUGCCUGGACUGUGUUCAGAGUCUUGAAUGCGACAAGCCUUGUUGAACAAGGAAAAGUUUAUCUGUAUAUGUAUUCCCUGUUUGUAUAUAGAAUCUAAAUGCUUUACUACUUAUAUUUAAACUGCUUUGUACCUGC